GGUAAUGAAACGUGUGGAAAAGUUGAAGAGAAUAAAAUGUUGGUAAUGAUUGAGCUUGAAAAUGGAUCUCAAGAAAGUUCCACUUAUAUAGCUAGAAAUAUCCGGAAAGUGGCACAAGGUUGUUCAAAUUAUAAUCCUCAAGCUUGUCAACAUUUAGCAAAUAUUUGUGUUCUUCAAAAUUAUCGUACCGAACAAUUAUCUGCUUGUACAGAAUUGGAGAAAAUUACCAACUCCUUACUUUAUAAACGGUAA